CGUUAACCCCUAGUUGGGGGCGUCCAGAUCUUGCAGCUGUAAGAAGCUUCCCUUUCUCACACCACUCACUCUCUCUCUGGUUCUUCUUCUUCUUCUUCUUCUUCUUCUUCGUCUUCUCUCUCAAGAAUAUUGGAUUGACACGAAAGCGAUGAAUUGGGGGAAAUCAAACAAGAUAACACAGAUUCACGCAAUUUCGCCAUGAGAGCUCAUCGUUUGAGCUUCUUCAUUUUCUUUCUCUCAUUAUUCACUUCAUUCAUCGGAGCCUUCUCGCUUCUUCGCGAUUCUGCCAUUUCAACUAGGAGGAUUCUGCAUCAGCCUCUCUUUCCGAUUGGCUCUGAGCCGCCGCCGGAUAUUGAGUUAACCCCGCCGCCGCCGCCUCCUGACUCUCCCUCCGACGUUCCGCCGUUUUUCCAUGACCCGCCGACCACUCAAGAUCAGACUCAACCGCCUCCUCCGUCUACCAAUGGAACUAUGCCUAUCCCUGCUGCUACGGCGCAACAAUCCAAGCCGACGAAGACCGUUGCGAUUGCAAUUUCGGUUGGGAUUGUGACUUUGGGGAUGCUCUCUGCUCUGGCGUUUUUUCUGUAUCGUCACCGGGCGAAGCAUCCGGGGGAGUCGCAGAAGCUUGUUGGAGGGAGUAAUCCGGAGAGAUUUCCGGAGGAUUCGCGUGCGCCGCCGUCGAGUUUUUUCUAUAUUGGGACUGUGGAGCCGAGCCAGAGCUCUGUUGUUGAGCAGAAUGGUGCUAAUGGUGCCAAUAGUUCGCCUUAUCGCAAGCUGAAUUCGAUUAAGAUGUCGGAUCGGUACCGGCCGAGUCCGGAAUUGCAGCCGCUGCCGCCUCUGCCGAAGCCGCCUAUGGCUAUGUCGCCUCCCGCUCUGUCGUCUUCGGAUGAUGAAAGCCAGAAUACGGCAUUCCAUACUCCACAAUGCUCGUCAAUUGUUAGUCAUGAUGAUGGCUAUUUCUCACCGGCUUCUCGUCGAAGUAAUUCUGUUAAGAGCUGUUCUACGGCAAGUUUUAAGAAUGACCAUAUGAAUUCCAAUGCUCCUCCUAUUCCUCAUUCUAAAAGAACCUCUCCGAAAUCUAGAUUCUCGGUUUCUUCGACCAAGCGCAAUACGUCUCAGCCUCAGCCACCACCGCCGCCGCCUCCACCGCGUCCGCUUGAUGACCUUCGUGAAAUUCCGAAUUCGAAAGAAACAAUGCCUUUCUCUUCCACGAGACCUAAAUUUUCGAAGCCUCCGCCUCCACCAAAUUUGGCGCUUCUUCAAACAAUUAGCAAUUCCGCCACAUAUCCUCAAAUUCAGAAAACUGCUGCACCUCCACCUCCACCUCCGCCUCCACCGCCACCUCCACCGCCACCUCCACGGCCACCGCCGCAUCCGGGUUCGUAUUCAACGCCACAAAAACUAGGGUUAUCGGAAACCAGAAUGGCUCCAGUCACUCCUCCAGAUUCCUCCAAGUCACAAUCCUAUUCAACAGCGAGAACAAACUCAUCUUCCAAAUCCACACCGACAUCUGCACCAGCAAAUUCCGCUAAAGAAGAUGUUGUCGAAAGGAUUAAUUCGAUGGAAAGGCUUGAAUCCGAAGAUACAGAAGGUUCAAAACCGAGAUUGAAGCCCUUGCACUGGGACAAAGUACGGGCAACCUCAGACCGAGCUACAGUUUGGGAUCAACUCAAAUCAAGCUCAUUCCAAUUAAACGAGGACAUGAUGGAAACACUUUUUGGCUUCAAUUCUGCAAAUUCGGUUCCCAAAGAGGCCACGAGAAAGUCUGUUCUCCCCCCCGUUGAGAAGGAAAAUAGGGUAUUGGAUCCCAAAAAGUCGCAGAACAUUGCAAUACUCCUAAGAGCUCUUAAUGUCACGCGUGAUGAAGUGAUCGAAGCUCUUCAAGAUGGUAACCCGGAAGGGUUUGGUACCGAGCUUUUAGAAACACUAGUGAAGAUGGCUCCAACCAAAGAAGAAGAGAUAAAACUGAGAGAGUACUGUGGUGAUGGUUCAAAAUUAGGGACUGCAGAAAGAUUUCUGAAGGCAGUGCUUGAAGUCCCAUUUGCCUUUAGAAGAGUUGAGGCCAUGCUGUACAGAGCCAAUUUUGAUUCAGAAGUGAAGUAUCUAAGGAAGUCAUUUCAAACGCUUGAGGUUGCAAGUGAGGAAUUAAAGAACAGUAGACUUUUUCUUAAACUCCUCGAAGCAGUUCUUAAGACGGGAAAUAGGAUGAAUGUCGGUACGAAUCGUGGUGAUGCUAAAUCCUUUAAGCUUGAGACCCUCUUAAAAUUAGUAGAUAUAAAGGGAACGGAUGGAAAGACAACAUUGCUUCAUUUUGUUGUUCAAGAAAUUAUCAGAUCAGAAGGUGGUGCUGAUUCAACUAGUGACAACCUUCAGCCCCGUUCGCAAUCCAAAAUCGAGGAUGAAUUUAGAAAGCAGGGCUUGCAGGUUGUGGCUGGACUGAGCAGAGACCUUAGCAAUGUGAAAAAAGCAGCUGGUAUGGACUCGGACGUCUUGAGCAGCUAUGUCACAAAGCUCGAAAUGGGGCUUGAAAAAGUAAGGAUGGUUUUGCAAUUCGAAAAGCCAGGAAUGCAUGGAAAGUUCUUCGACUCGAUGAAAACAUUCUUGAAGGAGGCAGAAGAAGAAAUAGUUAGGAUCAAGGACGACGAAAGGAAAGCUUUAUCUCUGGUGAAAGCGGUCACGGAGUAUUUCCAUGGCGACGCUGCCAAGGAGGGAGCUCAUCCAUUCCGAAUUUUCAUGAUCGUUCGGGAUUUCCUAACCAUACUAGAUCAAGUAUGCAAAGAAGUUGGGAGAAUGCAGGACGGGGUAAUGGUGGGUGCUGCAAGAUCCUUUCGGAUAUCAGCAACAGCCUCCCUCCCAGUCCUCAGCAGGUACAACGUCAAACACGACCGAAGUUCCGACGAGGAUAGCUCAUCUCCGUAAACUCCCAUAACACAAGUACCUCUUAGGAAGCUUGUCAGGUUAGCUUUAAUCCUCCACUGGGGGGAAUUUCACUAGUUUCUUAGAUCUCAAGCAUCUUUCAGACCAAAAAAAGGAAUGGCAAACAGAGAAUCUCCUUUGGAGACAACGACGCCCCCAGCAAAGUUUGUCCAUUACUCAAAACACAGAUUCCUGAAGCGGAAUCAAGUUAGAUUUUGCAGCAAAAAGGCAACAAAGACAUGAUCAAAGUGAUGAAGAAACACCAAAAACAGCAUGGGAAGAAGCACGAAGGAGCAGUGGCAAAACCUGAAAGGUACGUCUCAAUGAAAUGAGAUAAAUAAAAAGAUAGAAAGAGAGGAAAUGAAUGUUCCACUUAAGAAUACACGGCUAUAGAUAGGACAGAGUACCCUAUUUAGAUCAGAUUCCUACACAUUUCCAGAGAAAAAGUAGAAUGUUUUUGAGUUGCUGCUAAUAUGUUGUUGCAUUUGUUCAAUGUUUCAUAAUAAUAAAUAUCAAUUUUUUUGUUCA